AUGAAUAUCAGGCUGAUUCAUUUGCGUAGACUAUACAGUAAGGGCCGUGUCCUCGGGCACAAGCGCGCAAAGCGCAACUCCCGGCCCAAUACCUCCCUACUUCAGAUCGAGGGUGUCACCAACAAGGAGGAUGCUCAGUUCUACCUUGGCAAGCGUGUUGCCUACGUCUACAAGGCACAAAAGGAGGUCCGUGGGUCCAAGAUUCGCAUCAUUUGGGGGCGUGUAACUCGUCCGCACGGCAACUCCGGUGUUGUCAAGGGCAAGUUCCGCUCCAAUCUCCCCCCCAAGGCAUUUGGUGCAUCUGUUAGGAUUAUGUUGUACCCAUCAAACAUCUGA